AUACCUAGGGUCACACUAAAGAUUUUGCAAUUCCAACCCCAACUACUCCUCCAAGGAAUGUGCACUUUCUCUUUCCCUAUCACCUCUCUCCCCUUUACUUUCUACACCUACAAUAUACCUACUGGAGAGACAGAUGAUGAAGACCUGGCAGUGGGCCCACCCCCUCCCUCCCAGUUCAGGGAGUGCCCCUCCCCUACACUCCCUCCUCUCCCAGUGGCUCCUCUCCCCGUUCAG